UGAGUUAUUACAGGUAAAAUCAAAGAGCGCCGACUACUUCAGGGCAAACCUAGAGCUAUACUGGGCGGACUCAGAACCGGUCGGUACGAAGUUUGUGGCAGGGAGGAGAAGGAACCAUUCUUAUCGCGAAAUGUCUUACGAGAUGAAGAGGUUUUUGGUUCUUCUGCUGAUCAUCCUGAAGGAAGCUGGACCGACCGAAGCCUGCGGCAGCAGCUGUUCAUGGUACUGUGACUGCAGCAGUAGAGUCCUCAACAGUGUUCCUCAGGACCUGCCUACAAAUAUCACUCAGCUGACCCUGCAGAGCAACUACAUCACAACCUUAAGUCCGUUCGACUUCUCCAGGUACAGCAUCUUGACACACUUAUAUCUUAAUUCCAACCAGAUCUCCACAGUUAACAUGUACGGUGGAGUGUUCUACAGCUUAUCCAGGUUAACUCGCCUGUGGCUUAGCAGUAACCAGUUAACCAUUCUCCGAGCUGACAUGUUUGUGGGACUUGAUAACCUUCAGGAGCUUUCCCUGCGUUUCAACAACAUCCACAGUAUCGAAGUAGGAACCUUCGACGCGACACCGCAGCUCCACGAGCUUGACCUUCAGCACAACGACAUCAGCACCAUCGCAGCUGGUGUAUUUGCAAAUCUACCAGAGCUCCAAUACAUUGACCUCUCUGACAAUGACAUCAACACAUUCCCCGUUGAGGCCCUAUCGAAUCUUAGGCGAUUUAACACUUCAUCAGGGAUAGGGGUUGACAUGAACCGCAACCAAAUGAAAACACUCCCGUCCGCAGCAUAUGACAUACUGGCGUCUUUCCCAAAUAUAAACAUUCGCGGCAACCCCUGGCAGUGUGACUGCAGGAUGCUUCCCUUUAAACAAAAGAUGAACGGGUCUCAUUCCUUUGAGAGCCAGAUCACCUGUGCCGGACCCGGUAAUCUUGCAGGACAAUCAUUAUUGACUGUAAAUCCUGAAGAUCUGAUCUGUGUACAAACAACCACUGCCAAUGUCACUGCCAAUGUCACUGCCAAUGCCAGUGGGGUUUCAGCCAACAGUACCCCUCCCAGGGGGGUCCCGACCCAUAGUACCCCGGCCGGUGGAUCAUCAGCGGAUAGUACAACUUCCUGGGCGUUCUCCUUGGCAUCCUUCCUCAGCGGCAUCCUUGGCGUAGUAGCCGGGAUCCUUCUCGCCUCGGCCGUUUUCCUGGCGAUCUGGUACCGGAGCACGCGCAAAACCAGCCUCGCUCCUAGUCCUAGCACCGCCCCGGACACGCGCGUCACAGCCUGGGACCCUGGGCCCUAA